AAGGGUGGCAUUUGUGAAGACUCGCUUCUCAAAGUCGCCACGAAAAGAUGGCGGAUCGUGGCAGCUCUUCGCUUGCCCAUUGCUCGGCCAAAAUGCAUCAUUGUUGGGAUUAAUUCCAUUCGGGCUGGCAGUCGUCCAAACCCACCUUCACCGCGAAUCGACAGAGAAAUGACGUCUUUUCAACAUCUCCCUCACCCCCGUAUACCUACCUUUCUGGCCUUCGUACGUCUCCUAGUGACACAUACCGGCAGAACCGGGCACAAGAAUGAUAAUUGA